AUGAGGUUCCAUCACAAGCUCCUAUUCGUCGGCAUGGCGGCGCUUCUGAUGUUCAAGGAUACCAACGCGUCCACGUGUUUGAUGAUCUACAUGAUGGCUGAUAAUGAGGCAGAGCUAUUCUUGAGGCAGAGCUAUGGAGAGCUCGCCCUUUCCCAACUUGUCACUGACACCGACACCCGCACCUGGGUUUAUUAUGAUGCCCACAACCAAGGAGGACAGGCUCUUCCAAACACUGUGGAUGGCAGCGGGAAUCUGGUCACAGAAACCUUCACGGGAAGCCGCUAUAUUACAUACGAUGGUAGUUUUGCAAAGAUGCGAAUUGACCUCGAGCUAGCCGGUGAGCAGAACUCUGAUACCCAAACCACGGUCCAAGACUUUUUGGAUCAUGCUCUCGCUGACUGUUUGGAUGGCGGGUUUGAUAGCCUCAUGGCUGUAUUUGCUUCUACUGGUGGUGGCUUUGCUGGAUUUGGAGGCGACGAAAAUGUUCGCAAGCUUCUUCAGGCCAACGCCAACGUUGCGUCGGCGAUACGCAGUUCCCUGGAUGCUGCGGGAGGACCCGAAAAGUUGGAAGUGUUGGGGUUUGAUGCGAGUUUGAUGGCAGCGCUUGGAGCAGCUGAUGAUUACAUGGAUGUUGCGGAGCAUCUAUUGGCCAGUGAAUCUAUCAUGCCGGGACAUGGAUGGCCCUACGCUGAUUUGACUAGCUCUACGACUGCUCUCGCUCUUGCCACUCAAAUCGUUUCCACUUUCGCUGACACGCCUCAAGGGGAUUCUUCGCUGGCAACAGGGAUACCUCCGCAUGCAACACCCAAGACGAUCUCGUUGGGAGGAGACGUCUCGUUGCAUGCCUUCGUUUCCAGGGCUCGCGAUUCUGCUGUUACAUUCACAAACCUCGUCGAUGCCGUCGGGUCCCGAGAUCUCUCCAGCAUGGAUCUUGGCAGCUAUUUGAGCACAUUCCAGACUUUGUGCAACCCGAAAGAAUCGCUACAAUCCACUCUGUCUUCUGCAAUCGCUGCCUACAACGACAUGUUUGUAGCACGCCAAGUUGGUCCAGGCACGGCUCCUGGCACUGGUAUGCAUGUGGCAUGGCCGAGCCAGCAAGAAUUUAAUCUCAAUCCUGCCCUCUGGAACCAACUUCUUUUCGACAACAGAAACUAUGUGACCGAGAUUGUCCCCGAAUUCAGGGCUUUCUUGGAAUGGUACUUGCUGUCCCCAGCUCCUCCUAGUUUUAACAAUGGGACCGCAGCGAGUGCCUGUGGGGCCUCCGCUGAGAAUCCCAGCGGGAUAGAAGCAAAAACUUCACUUAUUCUUGACGACUCGAUCGCUAUAAGUGACACCAAUGUGAGCUUGGUGGCUACCAUAUCAUCCAAUGUCUCUCAGCUCUUGGUUGAAUAUGGAAUGGACGUUUCAGGGGCUCCUCUCAAUGAACUGCUGGAAUCAAGAGGCUAUAUUCCAGGGAGUAAUGAGUACAUGUACAUGCUUGGUGGAAAUCUGCCAACAACCUACAACGGAAACAACGCAUCCGCCAGCUGGGACAGAAGGUUUUACUUCCUCAAUGUAUCUGGGACAGUGGAUCCUCUGUAUGUUUACAACGAUGGUGACGGAUCCAGACGGGUUCCGUGCAUGUAUUUCCAUGAAGAAAACGGAGAAGGGCUUGCCGCGCUGACUUUUCUCGACUAUUUGUUCUUUCACUUUAAUUACUGGAUCGAUCAAGGGGCACAUUAUUGUUUCUUGCUCUUCUCCGAGGACGACAAGACGCGUAGAAUUGACGACAAUCUGGCGUUGUAUAUCACGAAUGCUGCGGGAGUGUGGAUGGAACAACCGCGGUCAGCGGGGGGCAAUGUUGUACCGUUGAUUUAUGUUGAUGCAUAUGUGGUAAGGAGGCAGCUGACAACACUUCCAGGAGGAAUCAAUCAAACUAAUUUUCGAUGGACUGAAGACUUGGUCUACAAUAUUGAAACUAUGGACGCUGCGCAGGUUUUUGAUGAAACAUAUCCUGCCUACGAAGGCAUAGUUGUCGGCAUGUCCGCCUACAACCCUUUUGCUUCACCUGAGACAAGAUUCAAUGAUGUUUUGCGGAGGAUGGCGACAGACGAGUCCCAACCAGUACUCAACGAUACCGAUAUCGGUUGUCCCGGAUUGGACUUUGAUGCCAAUUGCGAGGCUUGUUUGGAGGCUGGCUGCGUAGUGACUGCGGGCUACUGUUUGGCCGAUUGCUCUGUACAAGGUGUUUCGUGCUGGGAUAUGCAGUAUCAUCCAAAUAAUGCUGUGGCCGAUGUUUGUCUCAUGGUGAUACAGGAGCGAGAUGAUGCGGAAACUUGUGGCGAUGCCGAAGUGCAAACUUGCGAAACCUGUACUUCCACUGUGAGAUCUGAUGGCGAAUCAACGUGUGGUUGGUACGAAACCUAUUGCGGUAUCGGUGAUGGGUGUGACUUUCAAGGAACUUGCCCAGUGGAUACAUGUGAGCCAUCUGCGCCAGAAGCAGUGGCUAAGGCUCUGCCGAUUGAUGAUCCACCAUCCAGCGGCUACCGCGCAGGAAAGGCAGCCCUGUUUGAUGGUGUUUAG